AUGUCUUCCCAACCCAUCGUCAUCACCGGCUACCCGGACAAACCCCAACCCCGCACACACCCGCCGACCACCUUCUCCUGCCUCCAUACCGUCGCCACGCGCAUCCUGCCCCUGCUGCUGACGAUCCACUUCUGCAUCACGUCGGCAGUGGUCCUGGUUUACGCGCUGGCCUUGCGGCGCGCACUGCCGGUGAGGUUCGUGGUGGGCGUUACGAUCACGUUCGCGGUGCUCAUUGCGUCUUUUGUUCUGGGGAAUUGUGCAGUGUGGUGUCGGAGGAGAGAGAGGCAGAGGGAGAGACAGCGGAGGGUGGUGCAUGGAGGAGCUACGACUCAAAAUACUGAUGAUACCACGGCGGGGAGCACGAAGAGUUGCGAUCCGGGGCUUGUUGUGGAGGAGGAGGAUCGGGAGGAUGUGUGCUGGCGGGUCUGGAUGGGUUGGCUCUUUCCGUGUACGAAGAAGGAGAGCCGGGAGGAGAGCGCUUCGGAUUGUCCGGAUGGGAUGGUAGAGAGUUCGCGAGUGGUGGGUGGGUGUGUGUAUGAUGGAGGUCCAGCCGUUGAGGCUCAGGGUCAGAGACGAGAGCUGCAUCAAUAUCAGCACCAGCUCCAACAAAAGCGAAACGAGGUCGUCGCUCCAGCGACGGCGAGGAGCCACCUCGGCACCAACGGCUAUGGAGAUACACACAGCGGACACCCUUUCGCGUCUGGAGGCCUCCAAGAUCCAGAGCCGGAGCAGCAGCAGCAGCAGCAGCAACAUCGGCAUCUAAAUGCCAUCUACCUCAACAGCAGAGGAAGCCGCGACAGCCACGUCUCCGAGCUCGAAGCCAACGAGCUCCAUCACGAGUACCACGACCAGCAGCAGCAGCAGCGGCAGGGUAACGGGUCAUCGGCGCUAUCUCUCCAGCCAAACGACGAUUCGAGAAGCGCUGCACCACAGCCACCCGGUCCCCGCGAAUCCGCCAGAUCCAGAUCCGCAGACGCGCACUAUUUCACUCGGCCCGUGUCGCAGCACGCGCUGCUGGUGGCGCAUCCUGGGCCGGGAGACAUAGGGAGGAUAGCAUUGCGGGAGGAAGGGGAAGGGAGAGAAGAUGGGGUCAAGAUCGAUGGUCGUGGCAACGGGGGUGUGGUCUGUGGAUUGGCUAUGCGCGAGCGGGAGCCUGUGAGAGAUUUGGCGAGGAUGGAAGAGGAGAGGGGGGAGGUGAGGCUGCUGCGGCAACGGCAGAAGCGGAAAGAGAAGCAGAGGCGAAAGCGAAAUCAGGAAGAGGACGGCGUGGAGCCGGAGCCGGAUACUCUAAAUCCAUGCCAGGACCGGGAGCAGCGAGGAGGAGAAGAGGGAGAGGGGGGGACAUGGAAGCCGAUGCAGAGAGGGAAAGAUAGCAAGCUGAAGCCGCUCUGGCUUCCCGGUGAGGUGGCGCGGCAUUCACGUCUGCUGUCCGACUCCCGCGAUGAGCAGCACGGAAUCUCAAUCCCGAUUCCAAUCCUAGCUCCAAUUCCAACCUCGAGACGAGAUCCCCGUCCCGAAUGCGGAUCAGAGAGUCGUCCCGGGCCCGAUGCUCGUCAAGCACAGCCGACACAGCCCGAUCCCCAGCACCUCCUUCCUCUCCCGGCCCCGCCGCCGCCGGUGAGAGGCUAUGCACCACCGCAAGCUUCUGUCUCUUCGGUGGCCGGUCUUUCUGCUGCUGUGCAGAGGCCUGCGGAGGGACAGUAUAGGGCUUUUCUGGGUGACACGGGCUGUGGCUCUGGUUCUGGUUCUGGUUUUGGUUACGGUGGCUAUGAGCUAGGGUGGGAGUUUGGGGUUGGGAUGAAUGGUAGGAGUGGAGAGGGAGAAGGGGAGGGAGAAAAAGGGCAAGGGGAAGGGGAAGGGGAAGGGGAAGGGGAAAACGGGGAUGAACAGCCUCGUCGUUCGCGAGAUAGGCGGAUUGGUAAAAACAAUAAUGGUGAUAGCAAGGGCAACGGCAGGAAGCCGGGCCGUGCGGCGACGGUGACGAGUUCCCGACAGCCAACGGUUAGAAGGAGGGGGCGGUCCGGGCGAAGAAGGCGGGAUGUUGGGAUGGAGGGGGGGAUGCAGCAGGUGGAUGACAUUAGUGCGAAUCGGUGGGUUGGAGAUGGGGAUGUUGCUGUGAUUUUUGAGAGGGGAGAGGAGGGGGGAAGAAGGGGGGAGGUAUAG